ACUCAGCACUUUGUGCUAAAAAGACAAAUGUUUUAAAUAAAUGAACAAGAAAAUAAUUUACAGUCAUCCAUCAGAACCCAGUAAGGUUAUAUCCACAUGAUCAUAUUAGAGACACUCGUAUGCAGGAGGUGCUGUCUCUCUCUGGUGCCUUCUGCCCCUUCUCCAGUUUCACGGGAACAUAUUGUCUGCAGCUGGCCUUUUCCCCAGCACAUAUGGUGAGAUGCUUAGGCAGGUUAAUGCAAAGACUGACCAGAUGCCUCACAACUCUUUCCUUACCUACAGUAUAUCCUUCCCAGUGCUCCACUCUCUUCCAAGAGCAGCAGAAAAUGAACAUAUCUCAGGCAUCAGUGUCACUCAAGGAUGUGACUGUGGAACUCACUCAGGAGGAGUGGCAACACAUGGACCCUUUUCAGAGGACCCUGUACAGAGACGUGAUGCUGGAGAACUACAGCCACCUUGUCUCUGUGGGAUACUGCAUUUUCAAACCAGAGGUGAUCU